AUGGUGUCAAGGUGUGAUGAAUGUCAAAGAGCUGGUAAUGUAACCAAGAGGAAUGAGAUGCCACAGCAAUACAUACUAGAGCUGGAGCCAUUUGAUGUAUGGGGAAUUGAUUUCAUGGGACCCUUCCCAACCUCCUACUCAAAUAGCUAUAUAUUAGUGGCUGUUGAUUAUGUUUCAAGAUGGGUAGAAGCCAUAGCAACUGCAACAAAUGACAAUAAGAUUGUGAUAAGCUUCUUGAGUAGGAACAUCUUCAGCAGAUUUGGAGUUCCCAAAGCUCUCAUUAGUGAUGGAGGGACACAUUUCUGCAAUAAACAACUCGAGACACUGCUUCUCAGAUAUGAAGACUGGUCUAAGAAGCUAGACGAUACUCUAUGGGCUUAUAGGACAGCCUUCAAGACCCCCAUUGGGAUGUCACCAUACCAACUGGUAUUUGGUAAGGCUUGCCACUUGCCAGUUGAACUGGAGCACAGAGCCUUCUGGGCUCUAAAACUACUAAAUUUUGAUGAGCAAGCUGCUGGAGAAAAGAGAUUAAUGCAACUCAAUGAGCUGGAAGAGUUUAGAAAUCAAGCAUAUAAGAAUGCAAAAAUCUACAAAGAGAACACAAAAAGGUGGCAUGACCAAAAGAUAGCAAGAAGGGAGUUCACUGAAGGACAGAAGGUGUUACUCUACAACUCAAGACUCAAGUUCUUCCCUGGAAAACUCAAGUCUCGAUGGUCAGGACCUUUCACCAUACUCAAAGUGUUUCCCUAUGGUCAUGUGGAGCUCAUGGAGAACAAGACUCGGAGAACCUUUUUUCUGUCAAUGGCCAUAGAUGCAAACACUACUUGGGAGGCUCCUUGGAGGAGCAGAGAGUGA